AUGCAUCCACAGCAGCUACAAGUCCUGCUCUUCUUUGUUUGGGGCUGUUUUCGUGUCCACGGAAGAUCUAUCCGAGGCCGCAAUUUGGGCCAACGACAAAGUGUUUUGAACAACAAUGGCGGGUUUCGGAAUCCAGAGGAUAUGGUCGAUCUCUUUGGAACUCCCUACAUUGUCAUCUGCAGUUGGCCAGAAACCACUCUGGAUCGAACAUCCAUUGGCGAGUUAUCUCUUCUAAAUACAGAAACCAAACGAAAAAUAAAAUUCGCCUCUCUCCAGAAAUCUAACGACGAGAGUAGCAACCUUUCCCCCUUUGCCGAUCCCACAUGCCAACCCAAACGACUGCGGAGAAUAGGUUCCCACGGAGUGGAUGUCUACCAGAACCAUGACUAUGAUAAUCCAGAUGGACCAUUCUCCUGGGAAGUGGCUGUUUUGAACCACAAUCAAUACGAAUCCAUUGAAUUUUUCUUGCUCAAUUUUGGCAACGACGAUGUCAAUACACAACUGCCCACCCUCCAACAGAUUGGCUGUACCAGACUCACAGAGGGAGAUGUCCACAACAAUCUGAGCUACAACAAGGACAAGACUAAGUUGGCCGUUACCAUGUGGUACGACUCCUAUCUAGGAAUACAGGGACAAUUGAACUUUGCCAAAUCCUUCUUUCGUAAAAAACCCGGUGGCGAUGGCAGUCUCAAGUUGGUGACAGCGGGAGGGAAUGUGGAGACACUGACCGACAACUUGAAUGGACCCAAUGGAGUUAUGUACGGCAUUGGGAAAGGAUUUCGCCAUUCCAUUUUUGUAGCCGAAUCACCCAACAAUCGGGUCGUUGUGGUGGACGAUCGGACAGGAACUGUGGAGCACUUGCCGAAGCUUUCGGAUACGUCCUCUCCCGACAAUCUGAGCCGUGAGUAUACGGCAACGGGCCGAAGGACCAAUACGUUCUUGAUCACGCGCCUGGACUCGAGCUUUGCCCAGGCGUCUGCCUGUGGUGUGCUGGGAGCAGGAUGUAACUUGGACUUUACGGUUUUGCGAUACAAUUGGAAGCAUGAUACACUGGAGGAAGUAUACAGUGGUACUAUGGAGGGACAAGCAACUGUUGCCAUUAUCAAAGAGGAUGCUCUGUAUGUGGGAAACUUUCGAAUACCCGGGAUAGUGAAAGUGACGGGGUUCCGAUGA